UCAAAUCCCGUCAUUUCCAACAGUCCAAAUCUCGGCUGUUUAUAAGUGCAAUAUUAUUAUUUGACUAAGUUGGACAUUUGUAUAGAUUUAACAGACUUCAUGGCGGAAAACACGUUCGGACCAUACAGAGCAACAGCUUUGUGGAAUGAAGCUGUGAUCAUGUUCAGAGAUGGAAUGAAACUGAAAGAAAAUCGUCACAGGCUGCACAAGCACAAGGAUUCAUUUACAGGAAAAGAUGCAGUGAACUUCUUGCAUUCGGCUUUACUUGAUAAUAAUUUGUUCAAACCAGAUGUAACUAGGAAACAAGUACACCAACUUUUGAAUCACUUCAUGAAAGCAAAUUUAAUCCAACAAGUGAGAAACUGUCCGAUGAGAAGUGUCGAAAGCUUCCAAGACAGUUCAAAAUAUUUUUACGAAUUUACAGAAGUUUUAGUCAACUUUGAAAUGAAUAUCCCUGGAGAGACAGCUGUCGUUAACAAUCCUGUUAAACAAAAAAGGACUCCCUUGGCAAAUAAAUAUGAGUACGACAGAAAAAAGUCCGAAAAGCUAUCUCUUAUCAAAAAAGGAUACCAAGAAGAAAUGUGGAAAGUAGAGAUAAUGAAAAAAAUUGAAAAAUGUCUUCAAUUGGUUGAAAUGAAAACUGAUGUCAGUCAAUUUUUAUCCGUGAAUAAAAUUGAUGCUAAAUGGGUUACCAUAAACUGUUGCCCUAAAUGGGCCAAAAUAAGGUGGAAUACCAAUUUGCCACCUUGGAUUCUUGGUGCAAUUCAAAAUUUAUUGAAAUGUGCUGUAAUUGAAAACGAAGCCACCACUUAUCCUAUGUUUGGAUUAGAAUUGUUCAAAAUUAUUGCCGAUUAUUUCGAUACACUGGAAAAUCCUCUGAUACCUUCCAUCUAUAACAAUUUGAUUUGUACCGUAUUUAACCAAUUAACUUAUCUCAAUGAGAAAAGUAAGGUAAAGCGUUAUACGAGUUUAUCGCAAGAGCAUUUGUUAUUCCACAUUUCCAUGCCAUGUGCAGAGGAUGAUGUGAUGGAAAUUGACAAAUCAAUAAUAAGUGAUCUCCCUCCAUUUUCUUGCUACGAAACUGCAUUUACUUCAGAUCACCUUGUGACGAGAAUAGUCCCACAAAGUUCGUUCGAUAUUAUUCACUUAAAGAAAAAUCAGAAAGAUUAUUCGAACCAAAAUAUUGCAAACACAUUAAAAUCGUCUUGCAGUCUUGGAGAUAUUUAUGGAAUGCAAACAAACCCUUACUCAAAGAAUCGUUUAAUUUCAAAUCGACGUCCGUUACAAGUUAAACACAAUGGAAUAAAUGACAAUUUAUCUGAUGAUUAUUUAAAUAAAAAUGACCAUUUAUGUAGCCAAGGAGUUGUUAAUGAGGGAUUUGUGUAUCAUCCCUUAGAAAGAGAAAAUUUAUAUGACGAUAAAACUCAGCGUAAACUAGAAAAAGGCACCGAAUAUUGGAUAGAAAGAAUAAAAAGGAGUCGAAGUCAUGAUGACAUAGAUCCAUAUGCUUAUGUCAACCAUGGAUUGAACUGUUCUUUUGAGGCUGAAGACAAACUUGAUUAUGCUGACGCGAUUAAGAGUGUAAAUAGAUUAGUAGAAGCAAGUCAAUACAAGAGAAAAUCUACAAGCUCUGAUUCUGAUGAACAAUCAUUCCAUUCAGCUUGUUCCCAUUCUCUGGCAGAUUUGACUGCGAAGAAGAAUUACAGUAAAGAUUUUAUAGAAGUUGGCGAAAACGUGGACAAUAAAAUUGAAUGGGUAGAAACUUUCAAUAAAUUGGGCGUUUCUCUUUUUCAUUUCAUUUUCAUGCUUUUUCCACCGAAUAAUCGUGCUCAACUUAGGCUUUUAAUUAUGACUAUAAACCAUGUAUCAGCUAACACCAGUCUUGAAGAACUUUCUUUUUCAAAUAUGCUGAACAAAAUGAGAAACAGUAUUUUGAAAUCACAUCUUGGAAAUGACAAAUUAGUCGAUCAAAUAAUUACUUUUAUUGCGACAAAUCAUGAAUUGAUUUUUUCAGAGCUUUCAGAUAUUGUAGUUUCUGCUAUUGAAUCACAAAUUGAUGCAAGGAACAAAAUGCAGCCUUUCAGCUUUUGUGAACAAGUGACCAAAGACAAGUUUUUGGAACAAAAGGAAAUGCAGUCGUCAAUAGCUUUGAACCAGCUUAUCGAGCAAAUAAUGAAGAACGAUCAAAUCCCGAAAAAUGAACAAAAAAAAUAUUUGAAAAAGUUUAAAGAUCUGUAUCCAAAUAUUUACCAACAGCACUGCUCCAAAAUGACAUCUGAUGUAAAGAAUCUUAGAAUAUGAAACAACUAUACCUGUUUAUGCCUACUAACUUUGCCUAUUUUUUUAUUUUAAUUAAAAAGAACAUAGUUAUAUAUCUACUGUUAAACUAAAAUUUUGUGCCAAAUCUGAGUUCCUACUAAACUGCUAUAUGAUUCUCAUAGGGCAGGCACAUUUUUGUUAGUUCAUUUUAUGUUAAAUUUUAUUUGCUUAUGUAUUUUAUGAUAUCAUUAUUGUAGUUUAUUAUUUUAUAUUAGAGGGUAAUGAAGUAACGUCUGAAUUAGCCGUUCAAUAUAUAUAUUGAAAUUGUACGUAUACUCUUGGAUUGCUGUGUGCCAUUUUAAUUUACAAAUAUUUUUUGUAAAAAAAAUCUAUUCAUUUAUAUUAUAUACAUAUUGCAUUUAGUGUGCCUUAAAAUAACUGCUUUUAACGUUUUAUUUUUGUGUUAAUUCUUUUUUAUAAGACAAAGUGCAGUUAAUACUUUUAUAUUAGUGGGAUUUCUCUUCGAUGCAAGUAAUUUAAAUAUUGUUUUUUACCAUUGUUUGUUUUAUUAUUCAAUUUAUUUAAGGGAUGUUAAUUAAUAAGAUGUUGAAGUGCCACAUUUUAAACACGAGUACAAUAAACUUUUGUAUUACA